UCAGGUGUGCAGGUGUCCACUGGGAGACUGUAGUGAUGAUUAUCCUUCAAUCACAGCAGAGCCAGCCCUCGUCAGCAGUUUGCGACCAAUCAAAAGUAGGCAAGAGGGGGGAGCCAGUCUGAUGACUGACAGACGAGACAUCCAGUCACAUUCAGAACUCCGCCUCCUCUCUUCAGUUCAGCGAUGGUCACAUAAAAGCGCAGAGACAUUUCUGUUGCACUCGUUUUACGUCCCAAACAUGUAGACUGAACUUUAUCCAUCGGUUUUCCUUCCUUCAGCUUUUUUUUAAAAAUUUGUUUGUGUGAUGCUCAGUGUGCUCCGCCUGCGCCGUCUCGUUCGCCAGGUGCCGCUACAGACCAGCUUCAUCUUCCUCUUCCUCCUGUGCAUCCUCAGUGUCUUCCUCUCUUCCUACUUCCUGUUUGCCAUCAAACGAAAGCUGGAACCGUCGCUUGCAGCAGGACGCUCGGCCGAUGACCUCUACGUGACCCCGUCUCGGCCCCUCCCCUUCCUGUCUGGAGUGGGCGGGACACUGUCGUCCGAUGGCUCUCGGACUGAUCCGGUCGUGCUGGUGUUUGUGGAGAGUCCGUAUUCGCAGCUCGGACAGGAGAUCGUGGCCAUCCUGGAGUCGGCGAGGUUCCGCUACCGGACGGAAAUCUCUCCCGGAAAAGGAGACAUGCCCACGUUAACAGACGGACAGCGGGGCCGCUUUGUGCUCAUCAUUUACGAAAACAUCCUGAAGUAUGUGAACAUGGACGCCUGGAACAGAGAGUUACUGGACAGAUACUGUAUCGAGUUUGGAGUGGGAAUGAUCGGCUUCUUUAAGGCCAAUGAGAAGAGUCUGUUGAGUGCGCAGCUGAAAGGAUUCCCUCUGUUUCUGCACUCCAACCUGGGCCUGAAGGACUGUACCGUCAACCCCAAAUCCCCUCUGCUGCACGUCACACGAGCGCAACAGGUGUUUAGCGGUCCUCUCCCUGGGGACAACUGGACCGUCUUCCAGUCCAAUCACUCCACCUACGAGCCGGUUCUGCUGGCUAAAACCCGUUCGGCCGAGAGCACUGGACUCAUGCACACAUCCGUGGUUCAGGAUCUCGGGCUUCAUGACGGGAUUCAGAGGGUUUUGUUUGGACACAACCUCUCCUUCUGGCUACACAAGCUGGUGUUUGUGGACGCGCUGUCCUUCCUCACUGCUAAGAGACUGUCUCUGUCCCUCGAGCGCUUCAUACUGGUGGACAUCGAUGAUAUAUUUGUGGGAAAGGAAGGAACCAGGAUGAAGGUGGCAGAUGUGAAGGCGUUGGUUGAAACUCAGAAUGAGCUGCGCAGAUCGAUUCCAGAUUUCACCUUUAACCUGGGCUUCUCGGGGAAGUUCUUCCACGCAGGUACUGAUGAGGAGGAUCGGGGUGAUGAUCUGCUGCUAUCAUAUGUUGAGGAGUUCUGGUGGUUUCCUCACAUGUGGAGUCACAUGCAGCCGCACCGCUUCCAUAACCAGAGUGUGUUAGCAGAGCAGAUGAUGUUGAACCGACGCUUCGCUGAGGAUCAGUCCAUCCCGACUCAUCAGGGUUAUGCGGUGGCUCCUCAUCACUCUGGCGUGUAUCCCGUCCACAUCCAGCUGUACGAGGCCUGGAAGCGCGUGUGGGACAUCAGAGUGACCAGCACUGAGGAGUAUCCACACCUCAAACCCGCUCGAUUCAGACGCGGAUUCAUUCACCGUGGCAUCAGAGUUUUGCCGAGGCAGACGUGUGGUCUGUUCACUCACACCAUCUUUCAUAAGGACUAUCCCGGCGGGCCGCAGGAGCUGGAGCGGAUCAUUGACGGAGGGGAGCUGUUCCUCACCGUCCUGCUCAACCCCAUUAGCAUCUUCAUGACACACCUGUCCAACUACGGGAACGACCGUCUGGGUUUGUUCACCUUCAAACGGCUGCUCAACUUCCUGCUCACCUGGACUCACCUGAAACUACAGACGCUUCCUCCGCUGCAGCUCGCCGACAAAUACUUCCAGCGGUUUCCAUCGGACACCGAGCCACUCUGGCAGGACCCCUGUGAGGAUAAAAGACACAAGGACAUUUGGUCGAAAGAGAAAACCUGCGACCGUUUCCCAAAACUGCUGCUCAUUGGGCCUCAGAAGACGGGAGCGACAGCGCUCUAUCUGUUUCUGGGGAUGCAUCCUGAUCUGAGCAGUAAUUACCCCAGUAAAGAGACGUUUGAGGAGAUUCAGUUCUUCAGCGGUCACAGUUAUCACCGGGGCAUCGACUGGUAUAUGGAGUAUUUCCCCCUCCCAUCCAACAGCAGCUCUGAUUAUUAUUUUGAGAAAAGUGCCAGCUAUUUUGAUUCGGAUGUAGCUGCAGUCAGAGCUGCAGCGCUGCUACCCAGAGCGAGAAUCAUCACGGUCCUGAGCGACCCCGUGGAGCGAGCCUUUGCCUGGUACCAGCAUCAGAGAGCACAUGCUGAUCCCGCGGCUCUGAAAUACUCUUUCCAUGAUGUCAUUACGGCAUCCCACAAUGCACCUGUGAAGCUGCAGGUUCUGCAGAAGCGUUGUCUGGCUCCAGGAUGGUACGCCACACACCUCUCGCGCUGGCUCGAACACUACCACCACGACCAGAUUCUGGUUGUGGACGGCCAGACAUUGAAAACAGAUCCAGCAUCAGUCAUGGAGAAGAUCCAGACGUUUCUGGGUUUGGAGAAUCAAGUUGAUUACCACAAGACACUAGCGUUUGACCCAAAGAAAGGCUUCUGGUGUCAACUGCUGGACGGAGGAAAGACCAAGUGUUUAGGGAAGAGUAAAGGACCGAGAUACCCGGACAAACAAUCUCAGGUGUUUUUGAGGAAAUACUACAGAGAUGGUAACAUCCAGCUCUCUAAACUGCUGUAUAAAAUGGGUCAGGUUCUGCCCGGCUGGCUCAGAGAGGAUCUGCUCAACAUCCGGUAACAGAGGCUCUCGUUUGGUCAACAGCACAAACGUCUGGAGUGCCAUAAGACUCUCAGAGUCCACCGAUGGACGUACAGGAGGAACAAACCACCUCUGACUGGAGCUUGUUUUUACCUAGAUGAGUUUGAACUAAAAACAAAUGUAAAGAACUGACUUAGUACUUUUAAAACGUGCUGAUAGUAAUUUUGUAAUUAUUUAAAGUCCAGUAUUUAUGAACUGACUUUUAUCUGUCCUGUUAUUGACACUGGAUCAGACUGUGCUGAACUAAUAUGAAGAUCCUCAAACAUAUUGCUGCAGAAACAAAGACGCUGAAACUUAUAUAGUUUUUUUUUUAACUCCACAAAUUUGAUGCAGAUUUGAUUUUAUGAAGUCAAAAAUUAUGCCAACGACCUGUGACGUCUAAUAUGGACAUUUUUGUUUUACUUUUUUUUACAUUUUUCUCUAGUUCUCUGU